AUCCUGUGUGAGCCACAUGCCCUUCCUCGUCAUCCUGGAUGUCUCUCACAAUGAGAUCUCGGAUUUCUUUGGCUUCGAUCCCCCGAAGAACCUGAAGGAGGUCAAUUUCUCCUACAACAUUUUGACACAAAUGAAGGACAUGUCGGCCUAUGAGGCGCUCGUCAAGCUAGAGCUGGACCACAACCGGCUGAAGCGGAUCCACGGUUUAGAGAAGUGCUGCAAAUUGACCUAUCUCAGCGUGGCGCACAACACCAUCACCAGCAUCUGCAGUCUGGACGACGUUCCGCUUAAAGACCUCAACCUGGUCAGUCCUUGGCAGAGUCCAAGAUGUGAUUUUAGGGUUUUUUUUCCGAUUCAAAGUUUAAGAAGCUAUGCUGAUUUUGUUUGGUUUGCCUGCAUCGAGACAUGAAUAAGAAUUUUAUGAAUUCA